AUGGCGCGCUCGACCGCCACUCGAAGUCUGCUGGGACUUGCCCGAGGAUUCCGAGUGUUGUAUUCCGCCGAUCCGUUGACACAAUGUCUUGCUCCCAGGCUCUGUCGUGCAUACGCUACAGAGACUCGACUGCCGGUCACAGAGACCGCAUCGGACCAUCUCACUGCUACAACGCUCCGACCAAGCCACAGUCAAAGCCCUCUUUCACUAAAUGCAUUCGAACAGCCAGUUGUUGCGACAUUAUACCAAUUUCCCUCCCUCGAACCCAACGGAUAUGCCUUAUACCACCCCCAGUUCCUCAAUGCCCCGUUAAGGCGCGACAUCCUUCAUCGAGCAGUCAUUUUUGAAGCCGAUGGAUCGCGGCAAGGAACUGCCAGUACCAAAUGGCGAGGCGAUGUACAUGGCAGCAACCGCAAGAUUCAAGCACAGAAGGGCACGGGUAGAGCUCGUGUGGGAGACAAAAAAUCACCUAUUCGGCGCGGUGGAGGUGUUGCCUUUGGACCACACCCAAGGGACUUUUCCACAGAGCUGCAAGCCAAAGUCUAUGCGCAUGCCUUUCGUGUGGCUUUGAGCUAUCGCUAUAGGAAGGGAGAGCUCAUCAUUUUGGACAACGAUGUUAGUGCUUCACUUGAUCAAUCGGACCGUUGGCUCAAUAAUGUCUUCUCUGGCAAUCGGUGGACCAAGACUGAUGGUCGCACUCUGCUUGUCACAGACCUGACCCAGGAAUCAUACCCGGAGAUUUUUGAAAAGAUGGCUGUUGUUGGGGCACACGCAACUCUGAAAGAUAUCAACACUGUAGAUGUCAAAGACUUCCUAGAGGGAAGACGCAUCGUUAUCGAAAAGGAUGCGCUUCAGACAAUACUCAGUCCGUCGAUCACGGGUUUGCCUCCGGGCGCCAGUGAGAACAUGGUUCGGUAUGUUGAGAAGACUCUGUAA